AUUAGGUGAAUUUUUCGUCGAGAUCUGCGGCAUCCCUUUUGGGUUUGCGGGAUUUUACUAUUCUGAUCUUGGUGAACGAAUUCUUGAUAUUUGGUUUGGUUUUCAUUGAGCUUCAUUUGCAAGGUUAGCUGAUCCUUGGAGUGCUUGAGUGGGAGCUGGAUGCUGUUUUCUUAUAGAUUUAAAUAUGGAGAAGAAAAAGACAAUCUCUCAAUACAGAGAGAGGCUGGACAAUACGCUGUCUUCUGCUGAACUGAAUGAUCCCGAGACACUUAGAACCCUUGUCAAGAAUCAGAUUUUACAAUAUGCACAAGAUGAGAAAGAAGAGUUUAGUGAACAUUUAUUGGACAAAAGGGCUCAGGAAGUAUCCAAUUUUUUAGACAUGUUAAGGAUUACUUCUGUUGAUGAUCAUCAACUGUCAGAAUCCAGUGAGACAUCACAUGGUCAAUGGAAAUUGAAGCAUGAUAAUGAAGAGUUCCGUGUUAUGUACCGUGAAGGACCUCACGGUACCCCUUUUCAUACAUUACUUGUCGAAGGCUAUGUAGAUGGGCCUUUGGAUGUUUGUCUCUGUAUCUCUUGGGAGUCACCCCUCUACAAGAAAUGGUGGCCUCAGUCUAGCUUUCCACCUUUCAAAGUAACUAGUUCCACCUGCGUGCGAAAGAUCCGAAUUGGUGAACAGAUAGCUCUAGUGAGGGUGAAGGUUGCAUGGCCACUGUCAGCUAGGGAGGCUCUAGUACACUUUUUUUCCUUUCAGUACUUCCAAGAUGAUAUGAUUGUUAUUCUUGUGAACACGAUCUCAGAUGUGAGCAAUAUUGAUAGAGCAACACAUGGUUUCACUAAUGAUGGGAUCCCUGAAGCAAAGGAUGUUGUAAGGAUUGAUGUAGUUGGAGGCUUUGCUAUUCAGAAGGUGAACAGUGAAAGAAGCUACUUUAGGACAAUAGCAAAUAUGGAUAUGAAGCUGGAUUUUGUCCCUCCAUCCCUUAUAAAUUUCAUCGCGAGGCAGCUUAUCGGAAACGGUUUCAGACUCUAUCAAAAGACUGUGGCUUCUGUCACUAAUAGUGAUGAAGAUUACAGCAAGGCCUUGGGAGAGCCUCUGUUUUGUCUAAUACGUGAAGCUCUUUACUCCAGUAACAAAUCAGGCAAAGUUCUUGAAGCAAAAGAGCCCAAAAGUGAACCUGAUAUUUUGCCCAAUGAAAAUCUGGUUGAAGACAUACAAGACAACACGGAUGAUGUGGACCCAAUGGUUCAUGCUAAUGACCCUGCUGGUGAAUCUCCACUGAAGAAAGCACAAGACAGAAAGAGAAAAGCUUUUGGUGAAAUUGAGGAAGAAGAAAGUGAAGAGAGUACAUGCCUGGAUGACGGCAUUACGGCUGCAAAUCAACCUUCAACCAAUAAAUUUGCGGGAUCAAAUGGUUUAAAUGCUGAACAAAAUAUUCCUAUUCGUCCAGAGGUUGAUGAAGCUCUACGAACAUUGGAGAAGGCCAUUUCAAUAGUACGACGAUACAGAUUUAAUAACGUCCAAAGCAGAUCUUCUAGUUUCUCUAAUGAAGAAACUCCAAAUAUUGAAGAGAGUGCUGUAAAAGACUCAACUUAUGGUACAGAAGACAAUGCUUCUUUAGAAGUGGAGGUUGGUCACGAUGCUGGCUCCAAAAAGGUCGAGAAUCUGGCGACGACGUUGGAUGACUCCAAGAAUAGCUACGACAUUAAUGAUACAAGGUCUGCAAGAUCAAACUCUUUGUCAAGGGAAGUAAACCAUAACAAAGUAGUACCAACAUCGCCUCAACAAAAUGUAAUAAUACCAGUGGAGACAAACCAAGUUGGUUUCAAUCCUCAUGAAAAUGGAACCUUCACGGCAAAUGGGUUCCGUGAGAAGGGUGUAAAUGAUGUUGAGAAGUUGAGUAAAUGGAGAAAGCAUAGGUUCUGUUGCUUUGGCUUCUAUUCAGGGUAGAUUGAUACCUCAACCGAUGAGGAAGACGACCUUGGAUGGAUGGAAAGCAAGACAUUUCAUUUCCAGCCAUUAUCAUGGUUAAAAUGCUUGAAGAGAGUGGAUUUUGUAACAUAUUAUACAAAAAAGAA